AUGAUCGGCAUCGGUUCGCGGGGUACGAACAAAGAAGACUUUCUGUGCGUGCUCUACGGCGCGGACCUCCCCUUCAUCUUCAGGCCGAAGGAUAAGGGAUACAAGCUCAUUGACGAAAGCUACGUCCCAGAUGUUAUGCAGGGAGAGAUCAUUGAAAUGCUUGCUGACCGCAGCAACGAGCUCCACGAGACCUGGAUUGAGUUGAUAUGAACAACAAACCAAUGUCCCUAUGACAACGCUUGAUCCUCCACAGGCUUUUGCUCCGAACGUCUCUUACUCCGGUUCUUGCUGUGGGUACUAGCAAUGGUGUUUGAGGACUUUCUACGGUCCAAAUAUGACAUAGCGCAUCAUCCCGAAAGCGUUUCCAAGCAACGUGAAUACAGUCCGAGGUGUUGGAUUUUCAAGGAUGAUAUCCGGGAACCUCUCUUCGACAAAGACAGCAUGCAGCACCUCUUUUGUCAAUAUUCCGCCUGUCUGAGCUGUAUUCAUGACACCGACUGACUGGAGUACUCGCAC